GUUAGUCAGUAGGGCGUGGGGUUAGUGUCGUCAGAAGGCCGAUGCAUGGAUGGCGUGACAGAUGGGCUUUAGUGUGCAACACGAGCCGCAUGCAAACAUGACCUCCAGCGUCACACGGCGAGCGCUGGGAGUUGUUCAUGUCCGCUGAAAAAAAAAGAAAAAAAAAAAGCAUUGUUGUGUUGGGGGAUGAGCCGUCCAGGCUUGGCUGCCGUUUAGCUGAAGCCUCUGGCUCGACUGUGCGGGUUAUGAAGGCUCCUUUAACGCUGAUAUUAGCGUGGAAGGCAGCAAACGGGCACCGGAGAAUAUGUCAUGUUUGUGCAUUCGAGCUGAAUUAGCCGGUGGAUGAGAGCUCCGUGUCCGGGCAGAGAGCCGCUUAGCAGGCCGCGUCGCCCUUGCUUUGUACGGCUGGAGGCUAGCUGUGGCUUCCAACCAGCAACCCUGUUCACCUGCAAAAGAAACACGGCGCGACAGGAUGAAGAAGAAAGCCCGCAGCCACCGUGUCCCGGUGCCGCCGAGGCCGCCCUCGCCCAUCAGGCCCUCGCCCAACAAGCAGAUCCUGACUUACGCCCAGGCUCAACAAAUGGUGGAGUUUGAACUUGACGGCCACUUCCACCGCCUCAGCAUCUUCGACAAGCUCCACGUGGUCUCGGAGGACGACCCCGUGGUGCGGGAGAUGACGGAGUGGGCCAACAACAAGGAAAACACGGAGAAACCGCAGCAGCAGGUUCUGUUGCGCUCGGUGCGGUUAAAAAACAACCGGGAGAAGAGGAACGCCGCACUGGGCAUCACCGCUCAUAAAGAAAGAGGCGGCGGACAUCCAGCUUGUGUUAAACCCGCACCGAAACUCCAUGAGCCUAAGUUCCGGACUGUGGAAUAUAACCUACCUGCGGUUCCCAAACGUCCUGCUUCUUAUUAUACCUUUGAAGAGAAAACGGAGGAAGAGCUGGAUGAGGAGACGGAGUACGACAUGGACGAGGAGGAUUACGCCUGGCUGGAUUUGGUCAACGACCAACGGCGAGGCGAAAACGUCAGUCAGGUGUCUUUCAACGUCUUUGAGUUCUUGAUCGACCGCUUUGAAAAAGAGCUGCACCUGGAGGGCUUGGAUAAAGGCAGCGAGAGGCAGGUUGCCGUCGACCAGGACGCCGUGUGCUGCAUCUGCAUGGAUGGCGAGUGUCACAACCGCAACGCCAUCCUUGUCUGCGACGCGUGCGACGUGGCCGUGCACCAGGAGUGUUACGGCGUGCCGUACGUCCCCGAGGGCCAGUGGCUCUGUCGACACUGCCUGCAGUCGCCCGCGCAGCCCGCAGACUGCAUCCUUUGCCCCAGUAAGGGCGGCGCCGUUAAAAAGACGGACGACGACCGUUGGGGCCACGUGGUCUGCGCCCUAUGGGUCCCCGAGGUGGGCUUCUCCAACACCACCUUCAUCGAGCCCAUCGACGGCGUGGCCCACAUCCCGCCCGCCCGGUGGAAGCUCACCUGCUACCUGUGCAAAGAAAAAGGCGUGGGGGCGUGCAUCCAGUGCCACAAGGCCAACUGCUACACGGCCUUCCACGUCAGCUGCGCGCAAAAAGCGGGCUUGUUCAUGAAGAUGGAGCCCGUUAAGGACCUGACCGAGUCGGGGGAGCCCACCUUCUCGGUGAAAAAGACGGCCUACUGCGGCGCUCACACCCCCAACGGCUGCGCCAGGAGGAAGCUGACCAUCUAUGACGAGGCCAAAGCCAAGAAUGGAGUGUGUAGCAAGGUGGAGAAGGGGAGAGAAAAGAAGAAGAAGGAUAUGAACCCUCAGCCUGAUGCUGAAAGUGAAGAAGCAACCCCCGCUGCUGUGCCUUCUUUUCCUGCUCACAGGUUGCAAAGCAUUCUGAACCAGGUGUCCAUCCAGAAAAAGAAAGCGUUUGUGGAGCUGAUCCUCAAUUACUGGACCCUUAAAAGGCAAUCCCGGAACGGCCUGCCAUUGAUCCGUCGCCUCCAGACCAGCCUGCAAUCCCAGAAGAAUGCGCACCCGGUUUGUUCAUCAAAGCAGAACGAGGAGGAGACGCUGGCGCUGAAGGAGCAGCUGAAGGCGUGGCACCGGCUCCGGCACGACCUGGAGAGAGCCCGACUGCUGCUGGAGCUCAUUCGCAAGAGGGAGAAGCUGAAGAGGGAGGAGUUAAAGUUGCAUGAGAGCCUUCUGGAGAUGCAGCUCACCCCCUUUAGCAUCUUGCUGAGGACCAUCUUGGACCAGCUGCUGUCCAAAGACCAGGCUAGGAUCUUCACUCAGCCAGUUGACAUCAGUGAGGUACCUGACUACCUGGAGCACAUCAAGCAGCCAAUGGACUUGUCCACCAUGCGUCAGCGCAUCGACUCUCAGAACUACACCAACUUCGACCAGUUCGAGAUGGACUUCAACCUCAUUAUUGACAACUGCAUGAAAUACAACGCCAAGGACACCUAUUUCUACCGGGCGGCCGUUCGCUUUCGAGAUCAGGGCGGGGCGGUGAUCAGAAAGGCUCGACGCGACGCAGAAAAAAUCGGCUUUGACGCAGAGAGCGGCAUGCAUCUUGUGGAGGUUCCUGAAAUGAAGACGUCGAUCUUUUCCUGGGAGGACGUGGAUCGCCUCCUCAAACCAGCCAAUCGCAGUCAUUUACCCCUGAACACGCAGCUGCAGCAGCUCCUGGAGAAGUUUGACCUGACUUUCGCUAUGAAGUCCAGCCCGUCGCGCAGCAAGCGGAUCAAGCUGCUCAAGAAGACCAUCAAUGACGUGCGCAGCGAAAUGAGCCUGAAGAUGGUCCAACCAUCCGCCCACCAACACCUCACGUCCUCUGUAGCUCCUUCCACGUCAGCGUCGUCUGUGUUCCGAUCUGAAGGUUUGAAGAAAGAGGAGAAAUGGAGGCCAAAUGGACAUUUACCGGAAGAUGAGGACAAGUCUCUCCCACCGAAACUUGAGCCUUCGGACGCCAUCCCUCCUCUCAUUCACUCGGACACGGACCCCGGGCCCCCCACCCUCAAACCAAUAGACGCCGCCCCGGAGCGUGACGACGGAUACAACUGGGAAAUACCCGACCUUCCUCGUUCCUCGUCGCCGCCGCACCUCAACGGCCACUCACACAACAGCCACUCACACAACGGCGUCCAAAACGCCUUAUUCGAUGGUGACGUGAGCGUAGUGGCCACGUCCACCCUCGCCGAGCCGACGGGCACCGUGAGCCAAGAGACUGCCGUGGUCUUCCGCAAAGCGAAAGGCGAGGAAGGCGCAGAGAAAAAAGAGAGUGAAGAGGAGGUGCGCAACGGCACCACGCAGCUGGGUACCAAAUCCUUCCUGUCCGUGGUCAUUCCGAGACUGGAGACGUUACUUCACACCAAGAAGAGGAAGCAGAGAGACAGUGAGGGUGAAGAUGAAGAGGAGGGCAAGUCUUCAGUCAAAAGACUUGAUAUGGGCCUGUCGGGAGGUUUCCUGGGGAUAGAAAAAGAGAAAGUGGUCGAGCAGCCCAGCAGAGCAAGGCGACCCUCGGAGCCGCGAAGACGCUGUGCCUCCGAGUCCUCCAUCUCCUCAUGCAACAGCCUACCCAGAGGCCCCAGCACCAUCCUCAGUCUUCCCAAGUGCGGCAAGGGGAAACCCGCCAUGGUGCGCAGAAACACAGUGGAUGAUAAGAGUGAAUUAAUUGCCUGCAUAGAAAAUGGGAAUUUUGCCAAAGCUGCACGGAUUGCUGCAGAUCGUCGACCCCCACAUGCCGCGCGUGGGCUGCCAGCACAACGGGGUGUCCAUCCCCAUGCCCCCCAUGGACGUGCUCCGCAUCGGAGAACAAAUGCAGUACAAAUCGGACGACAAACUCUACCUCGUGCUCUUCUUCGACAACAAACGCAGCUGGCAGUGGCUUCCCAGGUCCAAGAUGGUCCCCCUGGGCAUGGACAAGACCAUCGACAAGAUCAAAAUGAUGGAAGGCCGCUCCUCCAGCAUCCGCAAGGCGGUCCAGGUGGCUUUCAGCCGCGCCAUGAACCACCUGAGCAUCGUGCAGGACGAGCCCGUCAGCGACCUCAGCGACUUCGACUGACAAAAACCCGUACCUCUCCCACGCCCGCUCGCCACAUUCCCGACUCGUACGCACUCCCAAACGUGCCCAAGCUGCUGAAGGAAUGGCCCGCCUGGGCCUGUCACUGUGCCCAAGAGACCGUGUCCACUGUCCUCCAUCUCAAGACCAAAAUCAUGUAUGUCCGUAUGAACUUUGUAUUCCAGCUGUACAUAUGUCACGCCACACUAACUUAUUUUUAGUGUCCUUUUUCUAUUUAUACUUUUUCAUGCAUUUGUGGCGCUAAGUAAGGCGUGAGUGCUGAGGAAAAAAAGCCUUGAAGACGAGGCCCCGACCAUGUGAAAGUUUUAAAUUAUUGCCCUUUAUAAUCGAGCGCUUUCGUUUGGUAUUAAUCCUUUUUUUUUUUUUUUUUCUACGGAAUAGUUUUAGUCUAUUUUUGUUGCUAUAUUGUAUAUUUAUAUGUUUUGAAUACAGUUUGUCUGAAGUCCGAUUACGUGGAUAACCAAACCAAAACAUUCGCUACCCAGAUAGUUUUUUUUUUUUCAGCGUGAGAAUAUUCUGUUAUGUGACUCGUUUAUUUUUGCCAUAGUUGCAGAGCCGCACUAACUUAUUUGAAAGAAAUGUUUUCACUUUAUGUACUCGAGGAACAAUUAUGGUUAAGUAGCACAUUUUAGGAUUUUCAAACUUUUUUUUUUUUGUAGCGGUAGAAAUUAAAUCUGGCAUUUGUUUUUUUUUUUGUCUGGGUAGCAGUUAGGGUGAUUUCAUUUUGUAUCGAGUCAUUUUUUUAUCAAGUCACAUGAAAGAGCAAAGAAAAUAAAUACAAAUAUGACUGA